ACUGGGCUCUGCUCCAGUCACUCAGAGUGACCCAUUGAAAUGACCCGGUCCCUGUAGAGCUCGGGCGCCCAGCCCCGCGCGGCGCGGCGGCGGGAGAGGACCUGGCCAGCCUCCCGGCUGCCUGGACGCGGCGCGGUGUUCGCCCCGAAAGCGAAAGAAGAACUCGGAAGUGACGUCGCGGUCAAAACAAGCCGGGGCUCGAGGGCCUGUAGUGAACCUGUGGCCGCAGAUGGGAAGGCCCCCCUCGCGGUUGGCUGUCGAAGGUGGCCGCGAGGCCCUGCGCUCCCCCGCGGCCGGCCUCGGGCCCCCGUCCCCCGGACCCGCCCGCCGCGGAUUUCAAGAAUACACUGGAUGCCACUCUUAAAAAACCAAGAGAAAUUAUGAAGAAAUGUUUUAAUUAUUGAAACUACAGUUGAAAUCAUGGCCACAUCAGCAAAUCUGGAUCUUGGAGCCCAGCUGAUAGUGGAAGAGUGUCCCAGCAGUUAUAGUCUAACUGGCAUGCCAGACAUUAAAAUAGAACAUCAGUUGGACUCAAAUGCACAAGAAGGAUCGGCGCAGGGUGUUGCCAUGGGGAUGAAAUUCAUAUUGCCUAACCGAUUUGAUAUGAACGUGUGUUCUCGAUUUGUGAAGUCCUUAAAUGAAGAGGAUAGUAAAAAUAUUCAAGAUCAGGUUAACUCGGACCUGGAGGUGGCAUCUGUCCUAUUUAAAGCUGAAUGCAAUAUCCAUACAUCUCCUUCCCCGGGAAUCCAAGUAAGGCAUGUCUACACUCCCUCUACAACAAAGCACUUCUCACCCAUAAAACAGUCAACUACCUUAACCAACAAGCACAGAGGAAAUGAGGUCUCAACCACACCUCUGUUAGCAAAUUCUUUAUCUGUUCAUCAGUUAGCUGCUCAGGGAGAGAUGCUCUACCUGGCUACUCGUAUUGAACAAGAAAAUGUUAUCAAUCACACGGAUGAAGAAGGAUUUACUCCUCUGAUGUGGGCUGCAGCACACGGGCAAAUAGCUGUGGUAGAGUUUCUACUUCAGAAUGGUGCUGAUCCCCAGCUUUUAGGAAAAGGUCGCGAAAGUGCACUGUCUCUGGCGUGCAGUAAAGGCUACACAGAUAUUGUCAAAAUGCUGCUUGAUUGUGGAGUUGAUGUAAAUGAAUACGAUUGGAAUGGAGGCACACCUUUGCUUUAUGCUGUACAUGGAAAUCAUGUGAAAUGUGUAAAAAUGCUCUUAGAAAAUGGAGCUGACCCAACAAUAGAAACCGACUCUGGAUAUAAUUCUAUGGACUUGGCUGUAGCCCUGGGCUAUAGAAGUGAAAAGAAAUGCUGUGGUCUUGAUCACCUAUUUGUUCUAGUUCAACAGGUUAUUGAGUCACAUCUACUGAAGCUGCUUCAAAAUAUCAAGGAGUAGGCAGAGUCGUCAGAAAGUAUUGUCUGCCCUUCCAUUUACUUUUUGGCUCUUAUAAAUGAUAGUUUUGUUUACUUAUAAGUUUUUACCUCAGUUGCAAUAUUUACUGAUUUCUACUAAGUUUUAAUAAAUAUUCUUCUGAGUAAUUCACUGGUUUAUAAUAAAAUUAAUGUUGAUGCUCUUUUAUAAAUGUGUUUUAUGGCAUAUUUAAAAUUAUAAAUUAAUGUUUUGUGGCAUGUAAAUUUUUAUGGUACAGAUAGUUAUCUGUCUUUGUAUCAAGUGCUGUAAUUUAACAUUUUCAGAAAUUAUUCUACCCUAUUCAUCUGUACUCUUGUAUUAACUCAUUGACUUUAUAUAGGGUUUGCUAUAAAUCCAUGGGGGGAAAAAUGUUAUUAUUGAAUUAAAAGUGCACAGUGUGAUUGUUUACAAGAUGUUAUAAGUAAAUAAAGUACGUUUUCUGUUA